AUGUCGGCGGCAACCUCAUCUCCGCCAUCUAUUGAAAAUCUCUCUCGAAAUCUUUCUGCCUUCAACGGUCAAAUCAACAACGGUGACCACUUCGUUUCGAAUCCCUCAAACGGCGAGGAGGAAUUGAGUCUGAAUUCAAGGGGUGAUUCGGUUACAGUAAACCUUUCUGUGUUAGAAAUUCACUGCCCGAGCGAUCAUUUAUCAAGGAAGGACUUCAAUACCCACUCACUAUCCGUAUCUCCGAUCAACUGCCCUCCCCUGGAUGCUUCCACGGACGAUCCUACAUACCCGCAACCGAACACAAAUCCAGCAAGCAACAUUUACUCCCCUGCAUCCCAUCAAGAUUUCCUAAGUCCCUCCGGUUACGCUGAUAACGGAUAUAGCGAUCUCAGUUGCUACGGCUCUCCAGAAGUUGACGAACCCUUUUUCUUGGAGCCCGAAUUUGGCCACCAUCUUGAAUUCGAGCAGUCUACACUGUCAGUGUCGAACAGCUUUCAGCGUCAUCCACCUCAACAUACGGGCCCUGUAAAGUUAAGGAAUGAGCGCAGCUUAGAAACAACAACUUCAGCAUCGCAACUACUGAGUCCAGUGCUUACAAAUACACCUAGCCCUCCGUUUACCGUCCAAAAUCUAGAUUAUACUGGUAUGGGUGACGCAAAAGACAUGGCGUACAGGCCUUCAAGACUGGAUAUUCCAGCCCAUCGCUUUCAACAAACGCCUACGCUCACCACUACUAGUCCGUGCAGUGACACACUUGAAGUUAAUAGCGUAUUCCAUGGCGAUCGAGCUACCAGUCCAAUAGUUAAGGUAUCGAGCUACACCAGAGGCGACUCUCCUUCUAGACCCGACGGGCCAGUGAGUCAAAGGCCGGGCAAGAGAGGUCGAACAGUUUUGUCGUCGUCUCAUCUUGCACCAUCCGACAAUGGACACGAGCACGAGGACGAGUCCGACGAUCACUACUUUAGUUUGCACUAUAAGUCUAUUUCAGUUCCCGCUUCCUCAUUACGUGCAGAUGAUGGGUCUUCGAUUGCAAACCCUUCUACGGGCCAAAGCGGGCUCGAACCCGCUUCACAGGGAGACGCGUACGUCCCAACGAUCAAGGAAAUGGAAGAGCAACGCAGACGAGAUCAAAAGAAUGCAGAUGUAGAACUGUGGUUGUCCGUCAGCGAAGCUAAUAGCGAAGUCGAGGAUAACAGUAAUCUUGGACGCCGGUCUCGUCGGAGACACAAGUCGAUAACACUUCGCCGUAGAGCUAGAAGCACUGGAGAUCCAUCUGGCACUGAUUGGCAUAUAUUUGAUGAUUCUAAUAUCCCGGGACCUGGUGUCUUACUUGAUGAGAACACCGGCUUGGAAGAUACAGAUGACGACACCGAUGCAGACUCUUCAGUCAGCGUUCCAGAAUCUCCCCCGGCAAGUAUGGGUGUGAUUGCCCCAGUCGAACUAGACAACACAGAGCCCUUCCCGCCAGCCAAAGACAUAGAAGUUCAACAUAGGGAACCUCUUCCCCGUCAAUUCAUUAGAGCUCGGCUUUGGCAGGACCCACCCAAUAACUCUCGCUUUGGCAAUACAAAUCAUCAGCCACCAAGCUCGAAUGCCGCUGUGAUGCGAUUUUUAAGUGCCUCCCAAAAUAUCGAAACUGCAUCCCGAACUGCGACAUGGGGGACUCGAAGACUCAGUGAAUCAGACGCCAGUAGUUUACCUAGGGGCUCUUUUAAUUCGUUUUCUUCUGACAAGGAGAAAAAACACACUAGACGGGGCAGCAUUCUUGACCAUGCGAGCAAACUUCUUCUACCUAAGAGGAGCAAUAGCAGCGCGAAACGCAAGUUAGCCGAAUCCGUCCAACAGCAACCUAGCACAGAAUCUGUCGAUAAGGCAAAAAUUAAAGACUCAAGGGAUGGUGGGAUCUCCGCAUCGUUACUACCGCAGAGGAAGCCAAGUUUCACUCGUUCGACAAAGUCUCCUUUAAUAACCGGAAAUGCAGUUCUGGCUAUGACAGGACAUAUAGCCGCUGUUAGCGGUCGCUCACCAGUCGGGGUAUCUUCUCCUAAUUCUUCGUCGACUCCUUGGAAUAAUUUUAUGCGACGCAGUCGUAGCAAAAGUGAUCUUACGAAAUGUUCCAGGUCACCUGCAUCCGGAGGACUGGUGGCACUCAUGACUACCUAUGGUGGCCCGCCUGUUCCCACUCUCGCUUCUCCCCUCCAAGACAUCACACCUAGUCCAAAAUCAAGGAGGUGCUUGAAUGAGGAUGAGGAUGAGGAUGAUGAGAACGAAGCCAUGGGAGAUAAGGGUGUAGCUAUGGAUUUUACUGUCAGAGCGGAUCCAAUUGUCCCGACUCUCGAAGGUUUCAAGACCCAGAUUCAACAGCUCAACCCACGGCUUCUUCCGGUGUUGGUGGAACGCAUUGCGCAAGAGCAGGUACGUCGAUACAAAAAGCUCGUCGAGCUUAAGGUACAGCAUAAUCAAGCUGUGCGCAUGCAAAAGUGCAGUGCAGGCAAACAUUGCUUUGAUCAGGGUGGCGAUGCUACCAUGCUGCCUCCGAGAAUCAGUUCCAAAGAUCCAGACUCCACAUGCACGCAGUUCCAAGUGCUCGGUUCUGCUGAUCCUGAUGUCAAUUUUAGCAGCUUCGGUGAGAGCGCUGUGACUGCUGCACUCUUUCCCCCUGCCGUUCCACUACCGCCGGUUAAACGCCUUCCCGCACAAUUCGAAUGCUCCCUUUGCUUCAAAGUAAAAACGUUCCAGAAACCUUCUGACUGGACGAAGCAUGUUCAUGAAGAUGUUAUGCCAUUCACAUGUACGUUUCCCAAAUGUACUGAGCCGAAAUCGUUUAAGAGGAAGGCGGACUGGGUGAGGCACGAGAGUGAACGACAUCGACAGUUAGAAUGGUGGACUUGUAGCAUUCCGGACUGCUCGCACACUUGCUACCGGAAAGACAAUUUUGUUCAACAUCUCGUUCGAGAACACAAGAUGCCAGAACCUAAAGUUAAAACCUCCAGAGGCCGUGGAAAUGGAAACGGUAAACAGCCGCACAACCAGAAAUUUUUGGCUUCUGAGCAGGGGCUAGAUCAUGUGUGGAAAUUAGUUGAAGAAUGUCACCAUACCACAACUAAGCAACCCAAGGACGAGGCAUGUCGGUUUUGUGGUAACGUUUGCAACAGCUGGAAAAAACUUUCUGUACACAUGGCUAAGCAUAUGGAGCAAAUUGCCAUGCCAGUCUUAGCACUUGUCACGCAACGGACGGCAUCUGCAGAUACUAUUAUUAGCCCCAUAUAUAUUGGAAACCACACAACGCAACGGCAACCUGGCGUCGCACACCCGCCAACGAGUCCUCUCCCAGGCGGAGGAACGCAUUAUUCUCAUUCCUUCCAAUCGGAUCAAGUUACAGCCGCUAAUAUAGAUCAUUCAGCCUUCUACAAUUCAGUGCCACAAAACUCAGAAUUGUAUGCAGCCGCCCAAUCUCCUCUGUUGUCGGGCCAUCUUCAUCCCUACAAUGACCAUACCGCUGUCCCUAAAGGAAUGGGUGGAAGGUCAGCACUGGACGGUGGACUGAAUUACAGUCUCUCUCCUUAUUCACAGAUUUCACAGACAAGGUCACCGUCACCACAUGGUCGUCCAAUUACAACUGAUGGCCAUCACCAAUUGAGCCCUCAUUUUGCUUCUACUCCAUACCCACCUCCAUACAACGCGAUGUCACGCCGAGAUGACGUAUCUUUGCCGGACACAACUCAGGCUCCUGUUGUUUCAGCGACCUAUGGCUUGGAUAUUUCGGCAAAUGUUUCCGUCAGCACUGCCUAUGAUAAUCACCAACAAAUGUAUGCCUCACCAAUAGAAAAUCUCGGGUACGUGUAUCAGCAAGGGCAAGACCCAAUUGACCAGUCGGGAGGUUUACACUACACCGAGGCCCCAGCUGGGAUGCGGUAUCUAGAGAUGUCUGGACCUAGUGACGGGGCCGCAGACCUGACAGAAGGGUAUCCAAUGCAACCUAACAGUGGUCAAAGUCAAUGUCAGAAUCAGUGA